AUGACUGAAACCGUGGGGACAAAAUUCAAUAGAAAAAUGUUCCAAUUGAAGACUCACCUUCACAUGAAAGAGAAGACACACGACACAGACUUGAGGACCGCCAAAGCACGAGUAACCGAAAACAAGAAACUGUACAAACAAAUUCUUCAUUGUGCAGAGGCGUUACCAGUCCAGGCGUUCACUCCAGUCGAAACGAUGCGCCAAACAGCCGAAAUGAUCAACGACAAAAAAGUCGUCGAGAUUUUGGAGUCUGUUGGAAAAAUUGGGUUUGAAACGAUUGAACAGGAUUUGGUUGUGCCAUUACGAGAGCACAUCGAACACUAUGACGACGUGCAAAGGAGGAUCGAUGAUUGUCACAAGACUAGAAUCGACAUGGACAGACACAAAGAGAAGCUUGACAACCUGCUCAAGAAGACCAACAAACAGGGCAGAGUAUCCGAGUUCCAAAUUAAGUAUGACGCGGAGUGUGAUAGAUACUCCAAAAUGCGCUCGGAGAUACUCGAAGAGACAAGGUAUCUAGACGAAGAAAGAGACACCAUUGCGAGACCGAUAAUGAGCAGUUUGCUGUUGUGUUACACUCUCUACCUUGACACAGUGAACGACAAGUGGCUCCAAAUAAGAGACGUGUUGAAAGAAGUUCCUCCCAACUUCAAAUUCUCGAAAGAAGAAAACAAAAUCGUACCGAUGAUGGUUACAAAAGAACAGACUAAGCCGCUUUGCACGGUCCAGAGUUUGUACGAUUUUGACGCAACUCAAGAAAAUGAGUUGUCGUUAACUGAAGGAGAUGUUGUGGAUGUGCUCGAGGAGAACGGAGAUUGGUGGUAUGGCGAGAUCAACGGGAAACGUGGGUACUUCCCCUCGAAUUAUGUCAGAACGAUUUGA